GUCAUGCAUAUAACAGGUUUUUAUAUAUAACAGGUUUUAUAACAGGAAAAAUGUCAUAAUUAAACAUUUUUCAAAUCACCCUUGAGGCAGAAAGCAUGGUGACGAUAAUACCGGAAAUAUUUAAACAAUUCAUUGCAUGUGGUCUUUGGAAAUGGGAAAUACGUACUAUUAGCCAGAAUUAUGAAAACUAUUCUGGCAAAUUGAUUUCACUGAUGAAUGCGAUCUAAUUCUGUUUUUACAUGUGUGUGGGUCUCCUCCGUGCAUUAGCUUUUCACUUUCAGUUUGUUUUGUACAUUUUCAGGAGUGUUCCGCUCUUUUAUGCCAAAAUAACCAAUGUGUAUAUUUUUGAAAGUCUACUUGAAGAGUGUGUUCAUUUGCUGAAGGCUUAUUUAUUUUCCAAAACGCAGAUAGUAUUGUUACAUUGUUCCGCUCUUUUAUGCCAAAAUAACCAAUGUGUAUAUUUUUGAAAGUCUACUUGAAGAGUGUGUUCAUUUGCUGAAGGCUUAUUUAUUUUCCAAAACGCAGAUAGUAUUGUUACAUUGAUUUACAGUCUGUUUUUGAUCAGUAGGUCAUGUUUUCGUGUGCUCUAAUUUUGAACUUAACAGUGGUGCUGUAAAGACACAUGUGGAGUGUAUUGUAAUAUUAAUAUUGCAGAAUUUUAAGAAAUCCGAUAGGGGCCUGACAUAGCACAGAAGAGGGAAACAGGAAUUGACAGGCAUAGUUGUGUUUGCCAGCACUCUGGGUCUGUUCAGAUGGAGGGCUGGUUUUCAGCUAGCUCCAAUUCAGUUAACUGUGGAGCUAAAAGUGUCAGUGCGGUCCAACAUGUGUUCCUAUUCAUACUGUGAUGGUAAUGCUGGUGCUUGAGCGCAGUGGAGCUAAGAAUCCAUGGAAGGCUUGCCUGUCACCCUGUCUCUGUGCUUUACGUGAGCUACAAACAUACAUGUAUGGAUGAAACAUUUUGUUUCUAGGGAAUGGAUUGACAUUACUUCUUGCAGAUCCUUUCAUUUCCUCCUUGGAGUUGGACCAGUCAGAGGAUCAUCGGUACUGUUUGUUUCUGCAAGGACGGACUUUCCAUUGCAAGCAGACCGUUUUGAAUGUUAAGUAAAAUGAUAAUAAUAAAAUGAUUAGAAACCAUCCCAAAGUGCGAAUUCACUGUAUGGUAGACAAAAAGACUGUGGCUGGUCCUGAGCUCAGUUGUGUUCAAAUAACACCUAUUUUGGGUGAAGCUAGCUAGUUUGAGAGCUGUCUUAAGAUAGCUCCCAGCUGAAUAACUCCCAAUCAACAUACCUGUUGUAAAGCUGGUGUUUGGCCUCUUCUGCACGGCCGGACCAAAAGACCAUAUUAGAGCAACCUUGUACAUUUGUUGUGAUUAUUUAUUACUGUCAUUCAGAGUGGGGGAUUUCUUUUGUUCCCGGAAAGAAUUGCCUACUUGUUUUCAUCCAUACAAGAAUUUAUCCCCCCAAGAAAGGUGAUGAUACUACAUCUAAAGCAUGGCUCUUUCAAUUCCCAAAUAAAAGAGGCAACAUGUCAGCAGGGGGCUACUUGCCCACUGGAUACUCUACUUAUAUAAAGCACAAAAAGAGGCCUAUUUGUAUGUAAUGUAACAAAAAUUAUUUUUAAUUUUUUUUUUUUGGGGGGGGGGAGUUUGGGUUCCAUAUCUUACAUAAGUUUAACAGAAUGUUGAUGUACAUGAAUAGCAUACCCGCCAACCUGUCGUACUCCUUCCUGAGGUCAGGCAUCACCACAUAAUAGAUUAGAAUUUCAAUGAACUGAUCACCCAUUUGGACACCUUUUAAUCUAUUGUGUGGUAUUGUCAGACCUCAGGAAGGAGUAUGACAGGUUGGCAGGUCUGGCUCCAAACCUCACUUCACAGUACAUUACAUCUCUACAUGUGCACACCAUCGGCUCAAGAGAACAGUGGUUUCUUGUGAUCAGCCUUUGGUCUGUUAUAGAUUGAUCUCCAUACCAUUUGACCUGGUUCUAAAUUUUGGGCUGUGCUAUUAUUUUUCUGGUUCCAUCUAAUGGAACAGUCCAACUAGGUGUGGUGAAAUCAGGUAUUUGUCUGUAAAUGAUGCCAGGCUCACUAUUGUUUAAGAAUUCUUCUUCUUUACAUUGCUAGGGUCUGAGAAUGAAGCGGAUUGGUCCUUUGUUCUUUUGUUGCAGAAUUUUUUUUUAGGUUUUUAGGGUCUUGCAUGUUACGUGUUAACUUCAUUCCAAAGGAUUUGUUGGCAGCCCAUAUAAAACCAGGGUUCAGGAAAUUUCAGUAGGGAUUUUUUCUAACAGGGCACACCGGAGAACAUCCAAGUGGAAUGGUCCUGUCUACCAGGCUGUUUCUGCUCCUUGUUGUCAUUAUAUUCAUCAAGCGACAAAUCAUGCGGUUUUCUCUGAGCUCCCACCGAAGUCCCCAUGUUCCCAUUGGACACAGUGCCCCGAGAAGCCUACAGGUGGAAAUUGAGCAGAAACUGACGCACGUCUCGAGAAUGAAGUAUGAGCCACGACUGCUAGGAGAUGACGACUACAGAUUGAAAUUUCUCAGUGGAGAAAAUACCACUGGAGAGAAGUGCACCUAUAUCUACAGAAUGAAAGCUGUUGAUGCGUUGUCAAAAUUAGAUGAGCAGCUGAAAAAAAUUGAGUCUCGGAGAUUGCGGCCUCCAUGUGGGAACUUGAAGGAGUACAUUUUGAGUCUACGAGACCCUCCGCAUGCACCUCUUAAAGGAGCUUCCGUCAACCUGUGUGGAGCCUUUGCAGCAGCUUAUGAAAGUGCGCAGUAUGGGCUUAAGCCUUUCGGUGAGACAGAAUAUAACAACUUUAUGACACUCCUGCAUGAGCUGUUAUCAUGCAUCCGGCACAAAGGUAUGAAGAGUAAGAAAUCAAGUCAGUCAAGUUCCCAGCAUAAACAGCACACUUCCAGCAGCCAGCGUACCCACAUCAGUAGGUCCACUGGUAGUCAGAAGACAAGGAGUCCGACGAAACCAAUCAGCAAAGGUGAUGUCAAAGCGGACCAACCAGGAGCCAGUACUAGCCAGAUGGAGUGGAACACGGAGAACAUUCCUAUGAGCCGCAUCGCGUUGGGUCACGUGACCAAAAGGAACCACUCCAAAGCCGUCGGGAGGUCGGAGGAGUCGGUGGAACUCCUUGAGAGGAAACGAACAUCGCGGGGCUCUGACGCGGGCAGCGACAUCGACCGGGGUUCACGCACCAGAACCUCCAAUUCGUCGUCCAGCCGAAGUGAGGAGACGCAGCCUCUGAUGCCCAGCAGACUUGUGCAGCAGGAGUCGGUGUCUGAGGACAUUUUGUGAUAGACUCUCAGCAGAUGGUGCCUCGAGACUUCCAGCAUUUAUUGAAACAGUCCAUGGCCGAGACGUAACAGGGAAAGUAUGUCACAAAAUAUCUUUUAAAUUGUCGACUAUUUCAGAACUACUUCAAAUCUGUUUUUGAAGUUUAUUGUAAAGCUUGUUCCAUUUUCUUUCAUGAUUAUAGUCAUUACAUUUCAAGGGGUUUAGUAUUGUGUAGAAUUUAAAAUGAUAUAUGUAUUUAUUGAAAGACUUCAGUAUUAGAGUUUUAAUACAAUGACCUUUUUUUUAAUGGAAGUUUUAUUUCAUUGGAAUAGGUAACAGUACUUUAUAUACAACCUGUACAUACAAUGGGUGAUGAUAUUUCAUGUGAGGAAAUCUUAAUGGUCAUUGCCGAACAUGAAUAUGUAUACCAUGUAUAGGUAUAAUUGUGUGUCACUGUUGUACAUGGUGUUGAGCGGUCAGCCAUCAUCUUUUUGCCAGAAUUGAUGCCGGUUGUUUCUUUGGACCGUUUUGAGUGUGGGUAAACUGUAUGUACCUCAGGAAGAUGACUGGUUAGACACAGAUUUCAUUUUUAAAGUGCCCAAUGACUGUGGUCAAUCUCAGUGGAAAACCAACGCUGGUCUUUCUCCCAAAGAACCAGUAUAAGUGAACUUCCCUUCCGCUAAGGUUGCAAAUCAAAUUUGGAAGCUUCCAUUAAGGGCAAUAGUGCAGUCAUCGACAACUGCAUGUGAGAUCAUGUUCACCAUUUGAACACAAAGUGAGCAUUCUGUAAAUGUUUAUAUUGUUUUUCCUUCAUUACCAGCCAAUACUAAACAUUUCCAUGUCAGGUACUCUACGGUCAACCAAAGAAUUCUGUUAUUAUCACCAUGAUUUUCUUUUUUAUUACAUGAUGAACAACUUCCACCGAGUCAGCAAUAGUGAUAUACAUUGUUUUGCACUGGGAACAUGUACAUGUGGGAGGUUAAAAAACCACUGAAAUCAAAACUGAAUCAAACUAGAACAUUUGUCAUUGCAUGUUGUGAGUUGCACCAGUGGGUAGACGCACCUUGAGAGCACCUUGGAAAUCCAUCCAAAUCCUGUAAAUUUGUGAAGAUUGUAACAAUCGAAAACCAUUGAACAAAAAUGACAAUCAGGUCUUCAUUUGAGCCACAAUUGCAACACGAUACUGCAGUGGUCCAAUAUGUUGUAUGCUGUUAUAUUUAUAGCAGGCGACCUUAAAGUGGCAGAGUACACUGUGUAACUUCGUAGUGCUUGCUAGGCUGGUGUUUAAUCAGGCUGGCACUGCACAGUGCCACAAAAUUCAAUGUUGUAUUUUGUUGCUUCGGCAUGGUUCUCAUGUCUGCCAUGUUGGAUUUUGCUGCAUUUAGCCGUGUGCCUGACAAGAACCCCAUGGGGUUUGGGCAAGUCUUCUUUCACUACUGAUUGCAUUUUAUCCACAGAUGACGUUGAUACUGAUGCAGCAUAACCUGACCAUAGUGGGAGAAGCAAGUCUUUAAAAAGCAACAGCUUGACAAAAUAUAUUACCACAAAGUUGACUCCCUCAGGCAUUUUGAAAUAGCCUGUAACUACCAGAUUUACAGAAACAUUUCCUGCCACCAUUUAUCUAUGCUUAUGUUUUUAAUUCUAUCAAGGAAACCUGAUUAUCAAAGCUUUUGAACAGUGGCAUAUCCAGUAGGGGGGUGUUUCUCGCCCAACAUCUUGUUGAAUGAGCCUAAAGCCGCAUUCACUUUAGAAUUUACCUCCCCCCCCAAACACACACCAAAAGCUGGAUACUCUACUGCCUUUGAAGAUACAUGUACCUCCUCAAAUCAAAAUCAAAAGAUGAGGCGCUUUUGUCAGGACACUGUCUUAAGUGCUCCGUUCCCAAGUUUACACCCAGCACGAUCAGAAAAUUGGAUAUUUUGGCCAAGGCAUUUGAACAUACCGUAAUUCCAUCCUCUUAUCUGUACAUGUACUAUUGUAAAAUACAAGUGCCAUUUUAAAGUACUUUUCUUUUUUACAAUAAAAUCUGAAACUUUCUAAUAU